AUGCCAUUUGUGUCCAACGCAGGACACGUUUUAUACGCGAUGGUGCUGACUGCUGCCACACUGCUGGCAUGUUCGGCUACGAAUGAUGCUGCUGCAGAACCGAUACAUAAAAAUUUUCCGCGCAGCUUUUACGCGUCGAACACGGCUCACUACCGAACCUCCACGUCGCGUUACUUAAGAUCUAAUGCGGACAUGGCAAUGACUGACCUUGACGAAGAGUCUGAGAGGGGGCCCAAUCUCGCGCCUACCCGUGAUGUCACUCCUACCGCAACAUUUCAGGAAACGCCCAUCCGGAAAAUUAAAGAGUGGUGGAAUUUGAUGCAGGAUUCAAAGCGCUUCAUAGUCGGUACGAAAUUUCAAGAUUGGUGGCAGCAUUUAUCGAAAGUAAAGCAGUCAAGGAUUGGUAGGGAAUUUGAAAAGUGGUGGUGGCUGCUGUCGAGGAAGUCCGACAGAUAUGUAUAUAAUCGUUUGAAGCUCCACGAGACGAAGAUGGAAUUAUUUGACAGCUUAGACUUACCCCGGUAUAUUGAGUUUCUCAAAUUACGCCAUAAGAAUUAUUAUUCUGCAAUGCUUACUAGCAUGAAGGAACAUUACACGAGCAACGAAGCGCUGGUCGGUGUUCUAGUUGCAGGACUAAACGCAAAGGAAGAGGAGUCGCGCGAAAUCGCUACUACUCUGUUAAGCUACCAAUUGCGUUUGUGGGAAUUGGACAGGGGGGGACUUGAGUUGGGAGAGGCUUUUCAGCUUAUGAAACUGAGCUCGGUAAAAGCAGACGGGUUUUGGAGUAGCCCCGCUGUUGACAUGUGGAUCAACUUUAACCCAUCAUCUUUGAAUCCGAAUCUGUUGAAAGAUAAGCUCAAUAUUUUGACACAACAUUUCGGUGAUGACAAAAUUGGCGGUGUUCUCUUUGCAGGAUUGGGGUCUUAUUCAACAGCUACCAUUGCACAGCUGCUAAAUUUGAAGAUCAAGACGUGGAAAGGUGCCAGCAUGUCCAAUACAGAUAUUUUUGCGCGUUUGGAAAUCAACGAUAAGCUGUCUGAACAAGACUUCAAUAAGUGGGUUCAUUUCAUCGAUGUACUCAACCCGAAUCCAACUUUGCUCGGCAAUACCAUUUCCAUCAAGCUAUUUCACACAGAAGAGGAGUAUGCUCAUGCAAUAGUGAGCGGAACGCUCUUCGGUCAAACGGAUUUUAUUGCUGAACGUCUCAUGUUUCUCAUGAGAAAAAAGUGGGAAGAUGCGAAGCAAAACCACAAGAGUGUGGACGAUGUUUUUAAACUUUUGGAACUUGACGAGGUAAGUUUUCAUCAUUUCAAUACCCCGUCUGUAAUAAAUUUCACAAAAUACGCAGCCGCGCGUGGUAAGACCAACGCAGAGAUAUAUGAUCGACUCAAGUCAAGCUAUAAAGAUGACCUUUUGGCGGCGGUACUUCAGGUGGCUGUAAGAAGUGGGAAAGAUUCAGAUUCAGUAAUGCCCCCCUUGCUGAGUCUACAUUUCGAGCAUUGGAUGAAGUCUGGCGUCAACCCGGAGAAUAUCCCAGAAAAGCUCGAAAAGUUAAAGGCCUCUCAUCAAGAAGUGUACAACGAAGUAAUUGACGCAUACACCAAAUUCUAUUCUAGCCACAAAACUGAAAUUCCAUCAAAUUAA